AUGACGAUGACGCACAGAACGCGGACGACGACGACGACGACUUGUCUGCUACUGCUGCUGUUUUUGCUGCUUUUCGCGCUUCUUUCCGACGCGAAGAUUCACUUUUCGGAGACCUUUGAUGACGAAGAUGCGUCGUCGAGAUGGCACAAAUCCACCUUCAAAGAAGACGAAAAUAUGGCUGGCGAAUUCGUAGUGACGAGGGCGAUACACGAAGGGAAAAAAACGGACUCGAAGGCGAACAAAGGGUUCAAAACGCAAACGAAUGGACGCUUUUUCGCUUAUUACUCGUCCGCGGACGAAGUGUUCGAUAACGACGGGAAAGACCUCGUGGUGCAGUACUCGGUGAAGCACGAACAAAACAUCGACUGCGGAGGCGCGUACGUGAAAAUUUUACCGGAAUCGAGCGAGAUGGAAAAUUUUGGAGGAUCGACGCCGUAUAACAUCAUGUUUGGACCGGAUAUUUGCGGGAAAGGGAUCAAGAAAGUACAUUUUAUCUUGGCCAAACACGACGAACACGGGAACGAGAAGCAAUACCAGAUGAAGACGACGGUGAAAGCGAAAACGGACGAGUUGACGCACGUGUACACUUUGGUGAUUCAUCCGAACGAUGAUUUUGAGAUUUUGAUCGAUGGUAAAUCAGAAAUCAAAAAGAAUAUCGAGGACGAGUUUGAUAUUUUGGAACCGAAAGAAAUUCCUGACCCAUCGGCGACGAAACCAGACGAUUGGGACGAUCGCAGAAUGAUUGUCGACGAAGACGCUGAGAAACCGGAAGGCUACGAUGAUAUUCCUGAAAACAUUGCCGACCCGGAACAUCCGAAACCGGACGAUUGGGACGACGACAUCGAUGGCGACUGGGAACCACCGAUGGUUCCAAACCCGGAAUACAAAGGUCCGUGGACGCAACCGAUGAUUGAAAAUCCAAAGUAUUCCGGAGGACCGUGGGAAGCGCCGAUGAUUAAAAAUCCAAACUACGUGCCGAAGUCCGAGCCGUUAGCGUUGAUGCGCAACUUAAAGCACGUCGGAUUCGAUUUGUGGCAAGUCAAAGCGGGUUCGUUUUUCGACAACAUCGUCAUCACGGACUCGUUAGAAGAGGCGAAAUCGUUCGGCAAGAAAUUGUUUGGCAAGAAAUCUCGCAAGAAGGAGAAGCGCAUGCAGGAAGACUUCGAGGAAGCUGAUCGCAAGAAGAAAGACGACGAGGCGGACGAGUGGGCGAGAGAAACGAGGAAAAACGUGGAAGAUCCGGACGCGCUCUUCCCGCCAGGAAUGGAACCACCCGAAGAUUACGACCCGGACGAUCCUGCACACGAUGAACUUUGA